AAGUUUUGUUUUGCGAGUUUUCCGUCCGUUUCGUCUCGCCCAGGUCCUAAUUAAUGCGCGUUAAAGGAUACAAAGUUAUGUUUCUCUGAAUUACCCUCGUCAGACAGGCGCACCGGUUUUCAAAGUGAGAUUACAAGAAGCGAGCUGCUUGAAGCGGCGGUGCUGAACACUUUCAGAGUAACCCGAGAGCAGCUCGCUGCUAAGCUAACAUUAGCCUCCGGUCUGCGGUGUGUUGAAGGGCUCUCUGAGCUAACGAAGCCAUGGGGAACCGGGGCAUGGAAGACCUGAUUCCCCUGAUCAACAAGCUACAAGACGCCUUCAGUUCAAUUGGUCAGAGUGUCAAUUUAGACCUUCCUCAGAUUGCUGUGGUAGGCGGACAGAGUGCAGGGAAAAGCUCUGUACUGGAAAAUUUUGUCGGCAGGGACUUUCUUCCUCGCGGAUCAGGCAUUGUUACUCGCAGACCUCUCAUUUUGCAGCUGGUCAAUAAUAUAGCAGAACAUGCUGAAUUCCUGCACUGCAAAGGAAAGAAGUUUGUGGAUUUUGAUGAAGUGCGGGCAGAAAUUGAGGCGGAAACAGAUAGAAUUACAGGAUCCAAUAAAGGCAUUUCUCCUAUCCCUAUUAACUUGAGGGUCUACUCUCCACAUGUUUUGAACCUGACUCUUAUUGACCUCCCGGGUAUGACCAAGGUUGCUGUCGGAGAUCAGCCCCCAGACAUCGAGCAUCAAAUCAGAGACAUGCUGAUGCAGUUUAUCACCAAGGAGAGCUGUCUGAUCCUGGCAGUCACCCCUGCUAACAUGGACCUGGCUAACUCAGACGCUUUGAAGAUCGCCAAAGAGGUGGACCCACAAGGUCUUCGCACCAUUGGUGUCAUUACAAAACUGGACCUCAUGGAUGAAGGCACAGACGCAAAGGAUAUUCUUGAAAAUAAACUGCUUCCAUUAAGGAGAGGUUACAUCGGUGUGGUCAACCGGAGUCAAAAAGACAUUGACGGUAAAAAAGACAUCCGCGCUGCUUUAGCCGCAGAGAGAAAGUUCUUCCUGUCCCACCCCGCCUAUCGACACAUGGCAGACCGUAUGGGCACUCCGCAUCUACAGAAAGCUCUCAACCAGCAACUGACCAACCACAUCAGGGACACUCUGCCUGGGCUGCGCAGUAAGCUGCAGAGUCAACUCCUGUCUCUGGAGAAGGAGGUGGAAGAGUACAAGAAUUUCCGUCCCGAUGAUCCGACUCGCAAGACAAAGGCGUUGUUGCAGAUGGUCCAACAGUUUGGUGUGGACUUUGAAAAAUGCAUCGAGGGAUCUGGGGACCAGGUGGACACUAACGAGCUGUCAGGUGGCGCCAGGAUCAACCGACUCUUCCAUGAGCGUUUCCCCUUCGAGCUAGUCAAGAUUGUAUUUGAUGAGAAGGAACUGAGGAGGGAAAUCAGUCAUGCAAUCAAAAAUGUCCAUGGUGUCAGAACGGGGCUGUUCACUCCAGACCUGGCGUUUGAGGCCAUCGUGAAAAAGCAGAUUGUUAAGCUGAAAACGCCCUGUCUCAAAUGUAUCGAUCUGGUCAUUCAAGAGCUCAUCAACACAGUCAGGCAGUGCACCAACAAGCUCAACUCCUACCCCAGACUGAGAGAGGAGACGGAGAGGAUCGUCACCACCCACGUAAGAGAAAGAGAAGGGAAGACCAAGGAUCAGGUUCUGCUGCUGAUUGACAUUGAGCUGUCUUACAUCAACACCAACCAUGAAGACUUCAUAGGCUUUGCUAAUCUUGACUACAGAAGGCUGGAUGAUGGUAGCUCCCCAGGGUACAGCAACAACAGCGCUCAGCAGAGGAACAUUGCUACAAACAAAAAGAGGGCGGUACCCAACCAGGGUGAGAUUCUGGUAAUCAGGAAAGGCUGGCUAACCCUCAACAUCAGCAUUAUGAAAGGAGGCUCCAAGGAAUACUGGUUCGUGCUGACGGCCGAAUCUCUGUCCUGGUACAAAGAUGAGGAGGAAAAAGAGAAGAAGUACAUGUUGCCUCUGGACAACCUGAAGCUCAGAGACGUGGAGAAAGGCUUUAUGUCCACAAAGCACAUCUUUGCAAUCUUCAACACUGAACAGAGAAACGUCUACAAGGAUAAUCGACAAAUAGAGCUGGCCUGUGACUCGCAGGAAGAUGUUGACAGCUGGAAGGCGUCCUUCCUCAGGGCCGGGGUUUAUCCCGAAAAAGACCAGGUGGAGAAUGAAGAGACGGCACCCACAGACACGUUCUCCAUGGAUCCUCAGUUGGAGCGGCAGGUGGAAACCAUCCGCAACCUGGUGGACUCGUACAUCGGCAUCAUCAACAAAUCCAUCAGAGACCUCGUGCCCAAGACCAUCAUGCACCUCAUGAUCAACAAUGCGAAGGAUUUCAUCCACUCGGAGCUGCUGGCUUAUCUUUACUCAUCGGGGGACCAGAACAGCCUGAUGGAGGAGUCUGCUGACCAGGCCCAGCGCAGGGACGAAAUGCUGCGCAUGUAUCACGCCCUCAAGGAGGCGCUGCACAUCAUCGGCGACAUCACCACCAACACCAUCUCCACGCCGGUUCCACCGCCUGUAAACGACAACUGGCUCCAGGAUUCCAGCCCGACUCCUCAGCGAAGACCACCUCCUUCAUCGUCCCAGCCCCCCAACCGUCCUCCCGCUGUUCGGGGCCCGACUCCAGGGCCCCCCAUGAACCCCACCCCAGCCUUUAAUCCCUCCCCAGCGUUUGGUGCCCCUCCGAUCCCCUCCCGCCCCGUCCCUCCCGCCGGUGCCUUCAACAGCAGCCAGGAUCCGUUCAGCGCGCCACCACUGAUCCCCUCCCGGCCGGCCCGCGUCCCACCCGGCGUUCCUAGGCGCCCCCCGCCGGCUCCCCGUGGAAAACACUGGUGACCCCAAACCAGCAGAUGUUGAACAUGAACUUGAAGAAUUUUGGCAAAGGAGACACAGAGGAGCUGCAUGAUUUAUGUCCUUUAGGUCCGAAACAUCGAGCCGCAUCACAAGGAGCCGUGUUUUGACAUUUUGAGCUGCUGGAGCCGCUUCAGGGGCAAUAAACUGUAACAAAGGUAUUUUACCAUUUAGUUCAUGUUGGGAGUAGCCCUGAAUAUUGUAUAGCAAUUGAACAUGUCAUAACCUUUACUGAAACUUUGACAUCUGCAGGAAGAUAUGGUUAUUGAACCUUUAUUAGCAGGUAAUGGUAAAACCAAGAGGUGAACAAAAGGCCAUUUUUUUAUACCGUUUGUUUUUUUUCUAAAGCCAAAACAAUCUUGUCCUAGAAAGUGGCUGUUACAUUUGAAAAUAAUUAUCAGGACCCUGGUUAGUUAAAGACAUAAAACAAAAGAGAGUGAUGUAUUUACACAAGGUAGCCAUCUUUGUGAAGAUUUAACUUCCCAGUGUUUUGUUUUGAUGUUUGUUAGAUUUUUUUUUUUUUUUUACUAAGCUAUGAUCCAAUCAGGGUAAUAUUUGGAAAUGAUUUCUCUGAAGGUUUGAAAUAUCAGUAAGACUGUUAAUUGUAUUUAAUAAAAUAACAUUGGUGCA